UUUCUAGCUUACCGGUAUGUUAUAUAGGGACACUGUGUUCAGCGCCUGUACUUGCCACUAAAACUCGGGCAUCCUUCCCCGGUGACCUCUGGCCUGUCUGCUCUUUACCACCUGGGUGACCAGUGAACGUAUCCUAAGCUCUCUCUCUCUGUCUCUCUUCCCCAGCCCAAGGAGCUUACAUUGGGAAAGAAAGUACAGCGUGGAACGUGGUGGACUUUUAACUGAUAUACAGGGUGAAAGGAAGCAGACUUUCUUCUCCACAGUAUUGCCAUGGAUGUAGGCAGAAGUAUGGAGCUACAAAAGAUGAAUGGGCAACAUAGCAAAGACCUUGGCCUGGACAAGCACAAUUUUGAAGAUGGAUUUGAUGGAGUGGAGUUCAUGGCAGAGCGGGAUGAGUUCCUUCCAGGGAAAAGCCCAGGAAUAAAGGCACCUCAGUUCACUGACUUUGAGGGGAAGACUUCAUUUGGGAUGUCCAUCUUCAAUCUCAGCAAUGCCAUCAUGGGAAGUGGGAUUCUGGGACUAGCGUAUGCCAUGUCCAACACUGGCAUCAUCCUCUUCCUUGUCCUGUUGCUAUUCAUCGCCAUUUUGUCCGCCUAUUCCAUUCACCUCCUCUUGAGAAGUGCAGGAUUUGUUGGCAUCCGUGCCUAUGAGCAGCUUGGGCAGCGUGCCUUUGGACAAGCUGGGAAAGUGUUGGCCGGUUCUAUCAUCACCAUACACAAUGUGGGAGCCAUGUCCAGUUACCUCUUCAUUGUGAAGUCUGAGCUGCCACUGGUAAUUCAAGCCUUUCUGGGUCUGACUGAAAAUCCUGGACAGUGGUAUUUGAAUGGGAAGUAUCUCAUCAUCAUUGUAAGCUUCUUCAUCAUCCUGCCACUCUCACUCAUGCGGCACCUUGGUUACCUUGGUUACACGAGUGGCUUCUCUCUCUCCUGCAUGUUGUUUUUCCUCAUCUCGGUGAUUUAUAAGAAGUUCGAAAUCCUGUGUCCACUGGAGAAGGAGAUAACUAGCUUUAACCACUCAUCCUAUGGCCUGAAUGAGAGUCUUUCUAAUCACUCAUUUUUGGCCAACAGCUCCUUUGAAAAAGACUUCUGUGAGCCAAAGCUCAUCACUAUCAACACUCAGACGGCAUAUACCAUCCCUAUUCUGGCUUUUGCUUUUGUCUGCCACCCUGAAGUGCUUCCCAUCUACACUGAGCUAAAGAAUGCCAACAAGAAACGCAUGCAGACGGUUGCCAAUAUCUCUAUUCUGGCCAUGUUCGUUAUGUAUGGGCUUACCGCCAUCUUUGGUUACCUCACAUUCUUCGGGAACGUUGAGUCAGAGCUCCUUCACACUUACAUCCAAGUGGAUCCCCUGGACACCCUGAUCCUGUGUGUGCGUCUGGCUGUGCUGGUGGCCGUUACUCUUACUGUCCCCGUUGUCCUCUUCCCGAUCCGCAGGGCCCUGCUGCAGCUGCUGUUCCCUGAGAAGCCCUUCCACUGGGCUCGCCACGUCACCAUCGCCAUGUGUCUCCUCGUCGUUGUCAACCUACUGGUCAUCUUUGUUCCCACUAUCCAGUACAUCUUUGGUGUCAUUGGAUCAACCUCUGCACCCAGCCUUAUCUUUAUCCUCCCUGGAAUCUUCUACAUCAGGAUUGUUCCGGAAGAGACAGAGCCUUUAAAAUCCAGACCAAAGAUUUUGGCUGCCUGCUUUGCUGCUUUAGGUUUCGUCUUCAUUGUGAUGAGUAUAUCCUUUCUCAUCAAUGACUGGGUGUCUGGAGUGUCUCGGAGUGGAGGCGGGCACUAGCAACAGAUUAAAAUAGACCAAAGCUCUCCCAAACAUGACAUUUCCCCUGACCUGGCCAUUACUUAGCCAUAGCCAAAUAAGUGGACGUCGGCUGGACAUGGAAAAUAAUGUAUCAUUGAACUUCCCCCACAAGAUGGCAUUCUGUUCCAUGUGGUGUUCUCUACAGGGUGAGGAAUAACAGUGAGCAGCAUUCUUAAAUGGAGCCACCGCUGUUUUCAGGUGACAAAACAUUCUGGUUUUGUCUUCUGCUUUUCAGCUAUAGCUAAAUUGUUGGAGAGAGUUGAGAAACCAAGGUGUUGUCCUCUGAGGUUGGAGAUAGUGUUUAUGUUAUAUGUAUUGUAUACCAGUGAGUGGCGCCAACAAUGCCAAGUCAUCAGAACACUCCUCAACUACCUCCCUUGACUCUUCAAUUAGAUAUUUUUACAUGCAUGGAAAUCAAAUGGAUAGGAUAUUUUGGCGAGUGACAGAUGUUGUAAAUCUUCCUGCGAAGUUACAGUUUAAAUAAGAUUGUAACAUGUGUCAUUUUCUAAACCCAAUCAUAUAUCGAUAACUGCAUUGUUUUCUGUCCAAACAAAUCCAGAAAGUGUACAAUAUUUAUAAGAAUGUGUACAGUAUUUUAAAGAAAGUGUACAGAUUGGGUCCUAUGCCCGCAUAAACAGUGAUAUUUGUAUUCCAGGGUAUUCACAGGGAUAAUUAUACCAGUGGCUUUUUUUCAUGGUUCCAAGUUCAUGUUAGCAAUACAGAGAAACAGCUGUGAUAAUCCCAGAAGAGUUAAUAUACCAAUUUUUCAUGACUGAUUAAAUUGAAAUGCUCUUAUGUGAAACAUAUUUAUUUAUGUCCAGGAACUUGAAAUUUAUAUUUGAAAUGUUUUCUGUUGUUUUUAUCUGUCAUGUUGUACACCACAAAAAUACUCCAGGCAUCUUGAAUUUCACAUGAAUAAGGAGAGGACAGGUCUGACCUCAGCUAGUCAUUCAGAGUAGAAGCAGUAUGAUGCAUCCUGCUUUUCAAAUCUUUUGACUUGACGAUUAUGAAGCUGUCUGUUAGAACUCUGAUUAGGGGCAGUGCUCAUUUGGGAGGGGCCUGGGGUAAAUUCAUUCCACUUAUUCUGUUAUGUAUUCUGUUAUGUAUGUAAACAAACUGAAUCUGGGAGGGACCUCCCUGCAAUUUUCCAAAAGAAAGAUACAUUUCUCCCAGGUGGCAUUGCAUUCAAAGCCACUGUUUUGUAGUCCCAAACAGACCACCACAGAGGUUUGAGGGCUUGGAAACUCUAUGAGCGAUGUAGAUUGUGCAGCAUUGCCAUUGUGUGUACAGUAAUCUUCAGCUGAUAUUUCCUGGUCACAUCGCACCCCUGCGGCUCCCUCCGGCUGCUUGGGUGCCUGCAAAGCUAACUGAAAUGGCCACUUGCAAUUGAGUUGAUGCGCGCAACUCAUUGGUUGGACAAACAGUAAGGAAAAAAGUUGAAUCACUUGGCACAGAUGCAUAGGAAGCAGGCUUGCUGCAAUCUUCAGCUCCCCCAAAACUAUUGGAAGUUGUUACAAUGAGACAUAAAUCAUAGUUACAAUUGGAUAUGAUCAAAUUGGAUAGGAAAAAAAGAAGAAAAAAGCCUGUGUUUUUCGCUUCUGUUUGGUUUUCUUAAAAGGGAACAGUAGAGUUUCAGGAAGUUAAAUUAAACAAAUUUGUAUCUACCAUGGAUGCAGGGUAACACAGAUUUAUGUUCAGUGAAAUUGUUUGCUGUUAGUUUCUUAAUCUUAAACCACCAUUGCUUAAUGUCUGCACAGCACCAUUCUGAGUAAUGAUGACAUCAGUGUUUGGACAGAUAUUUUGAUGCUGCAUAUAUAAAUGCUAGAAUAAAUAUUUAAAAGUUACAACCAAA